AUGAGGAUUCUAUCAAACUUCCUUAUAGUCAUACACAAUUUGGUGUUGUCUUGAUGGUUGAUGUUGUAGGCUUUAGUAUGGUAAAGAGAAAAAGAAAAAAAAAAGGGAUAUUUAUAUUAAACUAUUUAACAGUUGACAACAAUGGCACAAGCAAAAGGAGGUUCAGGUGCAGAGGCAAUUGCAAUGGAAAUUGGAGCUUAUAUGGGAGAAUGUAUACAAAUCAUUGAGUUUUAUGGAGGUGAUGUUGUCAAAUUUUUGGGUGAUGCUGUCUUAGUAUGCUUUCAAUCAAUAAAUCAUGUCGAUUUGGCAGAACCUUCUGAAAGACAAAAAAACUUACUAGUACGUCGUGGUAUUGAAUGUGGCUUACAAUUACUUGCUCGUCUUUCUCAUUAUAGAGUUUAUCUUACAGCAGAAGAACGAUCAAAGCAUCGAACAAAUAAUAUGUCCUCUUCUUCUAUCAAACAACAAAAUAAUGACACAUCCUCUUCCUCCAAAGGAACUGGUUGGAUUCCUCAUCUUUUUAAGGGCCGAAAAAGUUUUAAUCUCCGUCGAACAAGUGUGGCUAGUGAAAACUCGAUUCUCAUUGAAAAUAGCAACUGUGUCGAUCUUGAGUUACAUAUGGCAUUAACGUGUGGUAAUGUAACGAAUAUUAUUGUAGGUGAACUGGAUCCUUUAGAAUCGUUACAAUCUAAUAAUCACUUGCACCAAUCUGAUUUUGAAUAUCAUGGUCGACUUGAAUAUGCUAUUGGUGGACAAGCUGUAGAUAGUUUGGAUGAGGCCCUAUCGCUGGCUAAAGCGGGUGAAAUGACGAUUACACCCACUGCUUAUGAUAUUAUGCAACGACAAUCAUCGAUGCUAAACUUUGAACAACGACGAAGGUAUUAUAUUAUUAAGAGCUUAUCUAAUAAUACACGGGGAGAAUAUUUUAAAUCAUUGUCUGGAUUAAGACGAGAACGUGUAAAGAUGCCAAUGAUAGAACCGUUAAUACCACGAAGACGCAAUGCGACCUAUAACAAUUUACCUUUAGAUGCUAACAGAUACUAUUUCAAGUAUAUCAAUCGGAGUGCCCUUUAUCGUUUGUUACAAAUAGGGGAUAACGAUCGUUUAUCAGCGCAAUUUCGGGAGGUUACAAUCAUGUUUGUUAGUUUAGGAAAGAUAAAUAUAGAUCAUCCAGAAGGGCUUGAAUAUUUACAAAAGGCAGUACAAUUAGUCAUUCAUUCACUUGUAAAGUAUGAAGGUAUAUUACAGCAAUUUGCCAUUGAUGAUAAAGGUACUACAUUAUUAUCUGUCUUUGGUCUUCCACCUUUAUCUCAUGAACGUGAAGCAGUCUUUGCAGCAAAGGCAGCUCUCGAGAUUCGUGAUAAAUACCAUCAGGAAGGUUUUACAGGGUUUUCAAUUUCUUUAUCAACAGGUACUAUCUUUAUUGCAGACAUCCCUCACAACAAUCCAUACAGGCGAGAUCCUGGUAUUUCAGGUGAUACAAUUGUAGUGGCUGUCAGAAUGCUUAAAUAUGAGUUCUCUAAGGAAUCUGUUGUUUGUGAUUCGACAACACGUAAACAAAUUGGUGGACUCUGUGAAUUUGAAGACUUUGGUGAGAACUUUAUGAAGGGUAAACCGACGCCAGUUCAAGUCUUUAGUAUUAUUAAUUUUGGUUUUAAGAAUGAUUAUAAACGUAUCUCGACAGAUGAAAAACUUACAACAGAUUUUAUUGGUUACAAGAUAGAAAUGCGACUGGCUACACACUUUGUAGAAGAUUGGAGUAAAGCGCCUAAUCAUCACUUUUUAGUUGUAACAGGGCCAGCAGGAGUGGGUAAAAGCUUCUUUUGUAGUAAUUUAUACAAAAUUAUUAUUUCACAUGGGUUUAUAAGUUGAACAAAUACAUCUUUAUACACAUAUAGUUGGACUUCAUCUACAGAAGUUGAGAAAAGUAGUAAAUAUUAUUUGUUAAGAAGUAUUAUGCUCUCAAUAUUUGAAAUUGUUGACUCUGAUAAAAUUCCUAUCAA